GGCAGUGCAAGUCCGCUUCUCUCGUCGCCUAGACGCUCACAAGUGAAUGCGAAAUGUUCUCAUAAAGACACACAUCGCGCGUAUCGUUAAAAGUGCGACAAUGAAUGAGUCAGCGGCUGUGAAUGAUACCUGGCAGUGGUACAAGGAUGUGGUGCGCUCGUGGUUGGAAGACCCCGGCGUGGAGGAGUUCCAGGGGCUCAAUAUCAGCUCCUUGAUGAUGGAUCAAGCAUAUGUGAUCGGGGAGGCUGAUAGAAAUGUCGCCGUGUACAGUGUUUCUGAUGAUUGUUUUAGAUGUCCUUUCGAGCUCCAGAAGUCCAUAUCAGCUGGGUUUGAGAGCUGGUGGGUCGUGGAUACCGCAAAACGAGUCACCUGGAGGGUUUAUAUGGACACUUCUGAAGAUUAUAUGAGUGUUCGGAAUACUACGGGUUUGAUUUGUCAAUUGAGGCCAUAUUUGGGAGAAUUUGGAGUUUAUACUUUGAAUGUAACCAGCGAUGGGUGUGAUGUGAGAACAACAAGGGAACCAGUCGAUAUUUAUAUGCCUUUGCUCCUACUACUGGGAAUACUGCUCGGAGUAUGGGUGGUGUACGGAAUUUUGAAGUUAAUAAUGUCAAGGGUGAGAAGAUCCGCAAAGCUUCGGUACGGAGACAAGGAGCUUGCAAUACAACAACGGUUACGUGCUCUGGAUACAUUUAGAGGGAUGGCCAUAGUUUUCAUGAUAUUUGUGAACGACGGCGCGGGGGGUUACUGGUGGCUGGAGCACGCCACGUGGAACGGCCUGGCCGUUGGAGACUUGGUGUUUCCCGCGUUUUUGUGGAUCAUGGGCGUGUGUGUCCCUCUGUCCGUAAAAAGUGCAUUCGCUAAGGGCAUUCCGAGGUGGAAAAUAUUUAUACAUAUUGUACGGCGUUCCAUUAUGAUGUUUCUACUCGGUAUUUCAUUGAACACAAUAUAUGGGUCUAACAUGCUCAGUGAAUUGAGGAUCUUUGGAGUAUUGCAGCGGCUGGCGGUCGCGUAUCUAAUCGCGGCCGGGUUCUAUGCGCUAACUGCUCCUAAAUAUUAUACACCGCCGCGGGGCGCAUGUGGACAAGCGCUAAAGGACAUUCUGUCCUGUCUAUGGUGCUGGGUGCUCGCCGCCGCGCUGAUAGCUCUGCACAGCGCUAUCACAUUCAUUGUGCACGACCCGAACUGUCCUGCAGGUUACCUAGGUCCGGGGGGUAAGCACGACGACUGGGUGGCCCCAGAGUGCAGUGGUGGUGCAGCAGGAUACAUAGAUCGGUUGCUGCUGGGAACAUCCCACAUGUACCAGCACAGCGACGCCAGGAGGGUGUACGGGGGACCUGCUACCGACCCUGAGGGACUGCUGGGUUGCUUGACGUCGGCGGUGCAGGCGCUGGCGGGCGUGCAGGCGGGCGCCACGGCCGUGCUGCAGCGCUCGCACAAGGCGCGCGUGUCGCGCUGGCUCGCCGCCGCGCUCGCGCUCGCGCUCGCCGCCGCGCUGCUCGCCGGCUUCUCGCGCGACCACGGCGUCGUGCCGGUCAACAAGAGCUUGUGGUCGAUAUCGUACGUGCUGGCCACAUCCGCGGUGUCCCUCACCAUCCUCAGCAUCACAUACACGCUGACGGACGCGUGGCGCGCGUGGGCGGGCGGGCCGUUCCGCGCGCCCGGCCUCAACGCCAUCGCGCUGUACGUCGGCCACUCCCUGUGCGCCCACUUGUUCCCCUUCCAUUGGAAAGUACCUGUGAUGCGAACACACGCCAUUAGGCUGCUCGAAGCGGUGUGGGGUACGGCGCUGUGGGUCGUCAUCGCGCAUGUUAUGGCGAAGAAGAAGGUGUUCAUAACCUUGUGAUGGAGUUGGGAGGAAUUCGAAUGGUGUUGCCGGAUGAGAAAAUUUUGAUAUGAAAUUAAAUUUUGAAAUUGUUGAUGUAUUCUAGGUUGUUUGGGUCACAGUCUCCAUUAUUCUUAUGUGGUUCUUGACAAUGCCAGUAAAUAAAAAAUU